AUGGAUGAGAAGCUGCAGGCGCGCCCGGCGGACGUCGACCCGGAUUUCGAGCCCCGCAGCCGGCCCCGCGCCGGCACCUGGCCCCUGCCUCACCCCGACUUCCCGGGCGAAGAGGACGACGGAGCCGCGGGGGGCGGAGGGGGCGGCGGGGGGGGCUCCAAGCCCCCCCUGGCCGAGGGCGCCGAGAACGCCGGCGGGGCGGCGGAGCGGGGCCGAGGCGCGCCGGCGCUGCCGGCCCUGGGCGCCGACGUCGGACAGCUCCGCAAGGCCAAGACCUCCCGGCGCAACGCGUGGGGGAACCUGUCCUACGCCGACCUCAUCACCAAGGCCAUCGAGAGCUCGCCCGAGAAGCGGCUCACCCUCUCCCAGAUCUACGACUGGAUGGUCCGCUACGUCCCCUAUUUUAAGGAUAAAGGAGACAGCAACAGCUCCGCCGGCUGGAAGAACUCCAUCCGUCACAACCUCUCUCUGCACACCCGCUUCAUCCGCGUGCAAAACGAGGGCACCGGGAAGAGUUCCUGGUGGAUGCUGAACCCGGAAGGGGGCAAAACCGGAAAGACCCCGCGACGACGAGCUGUCUCCAUGGACAACAACAGCAAGUUCUUGCGGAUCAAGGGCAAAGCCAGCAAGAAGAAGCAGCUGCAAGCUGCACAGGAGCGUGGGGAGGAGAGCCCGGCAAGCCAGCAGGCCAAAUGGUCCGAGAGCCCCACCUCCCAUGCUGGCGAGGAGUAUGACGCCUGGGCUGACUUCCGGACAAGGGCCAACUCCUCGGCCAGCACGCUCAGCGGGCGCCUCUCCCCAAUCAUGGCCAACCACGAGCCGGACGAGUUGGAAGAGGACGACGGGACCCCGUCCUCCCCGCUGAUGUACCCGAGCCCGUCCAGUACCAUGUCCCCCUCCCUGAAUGCCCGCUGCUCCGUGGAGAUGCCCAGGCUGACGGACCUCACGGGCACCAUCAAUCUGAACGAGAGCUUGGGCGAGAGCCUCCUCGACGACCUGCAGGAUAGCUACAACAUGAGUCCCGCUCAGCCCCUGCCUGCCGGGGGUCUCCGACAGAGGAACUCCAGCUUCAGCUACAACUCGAAGUGCUCGGCGGUGGGCAAUGGAGGAGGGGGAGGUGGCGGUGGCGGAGGGAACACCUACUGCGGGACCAUCUACAGCCAGCCUGCGAUGAGCCUCAUGCGCCGCCUGCCCAUGCAGACCAUUCAGGAGAACAAGCAGGCCACCUUCGCCCCCAUGAACUCCUACCGCAACACCUCCUUGCAGGACCUGCUCUCCUCCAUCUCGUACCCGCACAAGGAGGGCGAGCCGCACAUGCCGCAAGCUGGCAGCAUGGCGCCACCCCGUGGCCACAGACAGAACGCCCUUGUGUGCGGGGGUGGGGGCGGAGAGAUAGGCCUGGUCCCCUACCCGCCCCACUCCUCCGCCCUGAUGAAGAGCAACGCGUUGUAUCACCCGUCACCAGCCGGCCACCACCCUCCGAUCAACAACAGUGCCUUACCCUCUCCUAUCAGCCUUAUGAGCCUGCCCAGUGACUCUUGCGGCAUGGUGGCCAUGCCUCACCACGGGCACAUCCAUUCCUACGUCAACAACCAAGGGGCGCACAUGAGCUUGCUCGAUUCCUUGCAGGGACCCUACCCGGAAGCCAUGCACACUCCCGUCAUGGGCCAGGACAGAUUCCCGGCAGACUUAGACUUGGACAUGUUCAACGGGAGCCUGGAGUGUGACGUGGAGUCCAUCAUUCUCAAUGACUUCAUGGACAGCGACGAGAUGGACUUCAACUUUGACUCCGCUCUUCCGCCGCAAAACGGGCUCAACAUGGCCGCUCUGCCCGGGGCCUCGCAGCCCACCAAUCAGAGCUGGGUGCCCGGGUGAGGGGGCCGGGCCCUGACAGCUCCAACCCACCAG